AUGCAGGAAAUCAUUGCCAGCGUGGAUCACAUCAAGUUCGACUUGGAGAUUGCUGUGGAGCAGCAGCUCGGGGCGCAGCCGCUGCCCUUCCCAGGCAUGGAUAAGUUGGGGGCUGCUGUCUGUGAAUUUUAUUUGAAAGCUGCCUGUGGCAAAGGGGAUAUGUGUCCAUUCCGCCACAUUAGUGGUGAGAAGACAGUUGUGUGCAAACACUGGCUGAGAGGACUGUGCAAGAAAGGGGACCAGUGUGGGUUCCUGCAUGAAUAUGACAUGACCAAGAUGCCUGAGUGCUACUUUUACUCCAAGUUCAGGGAAUGCAGCAACAAGGAGUGCCCCUUCCUGCAUAUCGACCCUGAAUCCAAGAUCAAGGACUGCCCUUGGUAUGACCGUGGCUUCUGUAAGCAAGGUCCCCUGUGUAGGCAUCGACACACCCGGAGAGUCAUUUGUGUGAACUACCUGGUUGGAUUCUGCCCUGAGGGACCGUCAUGUAAAUUCAUGCACCCUUGAUUUGAACUGCCCAUGGGAACCACUGAACAACCUCCACUACCACAGCAGACACAGCCUCCAAC